AAGGCUCUCUCGUCUCGUCUCCACCUUCCCCUGCUCCCUCCUUCCCUUUUAUUUUCCUCUCCAGAAGAAAUCUUUCGAUUGAUUCAAAACACGCACCCAACAAUCUCUCUCUCUCUCUCUAUCUAUCUCCCUGGGAACCUGUGGCUCGCGCAGGCAUAAACAACGCCAAGGAGCCGUCCCCGCUUGUCCCCUCGAUAAACCCCCGCUUCGUCGGUCCACCCCACCCAUGGCUUCGUCGGCGCCGGGCGGCGGCGGCAGGCCGGGCGAGAGGAACAGCAGGGACAUACGCCUGACGGUGCAGGAGGCGGCCAAGAAGCUCGCCCUCUGGCACACGGCCACCUUCCGCCCCAUAAUGACCCACGACGACCUCGACCCCAUCCUCGCCGACGCCGGCUUCGUCGCGCUGCCCAUGCCGCCAGACCCGCACCCGCCCCUGCAGGAUCAGCCGCAGCCGCACCAACAGGCCCAGGUUCCGGUGCGGUGGAGGGAGUACGCCUUCCUCGGCUCCGGCGCCGGGAGUAAUGCGGUGGUCGGCUGGACGGGCCCGCGGCCGCGCCUGCCCUACCCGCGCGUCGACGCGCUGCACAUCCGCACCUACCAGGCCUUCCUCGGAGCCGUCGAGGUCUACCUCGGCGCCGCCCGCGUGCCCAACCUCUUCCACGUCAGGUGCAUGCCAGUGACAACGAAACAGGACAGGGUGUUCGACAAGGUCUUCCGGGCUAUGAGGAGUGACCAGGACGGCAUGAUUGUCUACCGGGAUGGCACCUUGGACGAUGCUACCUUCGCCGCCAUCUGCAGCGAGCAUACCCCCAUCGAGGACGUCGGCUACCAUGUCAUCCCUGGCAACGCGUGCAGCGAGCUUCGCUACCUCCGGCACGGCAAGAUCCAUGGUGGCAACUGCAACGAGGAGACCUGCAAGGGUUACCCCGGCUAUAUUGAUGUCGUCCGGCUCAAGGAUGUCAUCCCCAGGCCCUGCAGAAAUAUGUGGGUCUAGGACAAAAUCAAUAUCGAUAAAUUUCCAUUAAAAAAUUGGGAAAUCCAGUUUGCAAAAGUAGAUGAGGUGAGAUAGCCAGCUAGUGGCUUGUUAGCGAGGCUUGAGAUCAGUGGAUGGUAUAUCGUGGUAGCAGUUUUGUUUUGUUUAUUGAUUUGUUCUUCUCCAAGUUUUGUAAUCUGCUGCAUGUAUGUCUGCAUCAAGAGGUAGCAAGUUUUGUCAGCGUAAUAAGGUUUGGAGAUAUGUCUGUAGCUGGAUUGGCUAUCAAUAAUGUCGAAAUGAAAAUAAGAAAAUUCCUAGUGGUUA